UGGCAGUAAACAUCAUGCCCCACAGUGCAUUGCGUUGGCUGACGCUAUUACAGCGACACACGAGAACUUUCCGGAAAGCGUUUUGUGUUGCGUCACUAGUGGACGCGCAACUCUGAGGUGAAAUUGAGUAACAAACCGACUGGAAGCAGUAAGUGACCGUGAUGCUGGUGUCACGUCUGACAUGUCUGAGGUCAGUUCCUCUGGUGGGAUUGAGGUCUGUCCUCCGUCAGGGUCCUGGCGGUCUGAUGAAACCUCAGCAACAGAGUUAUUCCACAAAAGCUCGACUGGGCUUCCGCCGCAGCAAGACCUCCAAAGAACAGAUUCAGGAUGCAGCGUUUGAACCUGCGACACACACUGCCAUUAAAAUUGACAAUAUGGGCAGAAUCAUCCUGGCAGGAGGCGCCGCAGUCGGAUUGGGAGCUUUGUGUUAUUACGGCCUUGGGAUGUCCAAUGAGAUGGGAGCAAUAGAGAAAGCAGUGAUCUGGCCACAAUACGUGAAGGACAGGAUUCACUCCACAUACAUGUACUUUGCGGGCAGUGUGGGUCUGACCGGUCUCUCUGCUGUAGCCGUCAGCAGAUCACCAGCUCUCAUGGGGCUCAUGAUGAGAGGCUCCUGGCUGGCUAUCGGUGCAACAUUUGCAGCCAUGAUUGGUGCAGGAAUGUUGGUGAGGUCGAUCUCAUAUGAGCACAGUAUGGUACCUAAGCACCUUGCCUGGGCCCUGCAUGCAGGUGUGAUGGGAGCCGUAAUUGCUCCGUUAACUCUGUUGGGCGGCCCGCUGAUGAUUCGAGCUGCCUGGUACACGGCAGGCAUCGUGGGUGGUUUGUCGACUGUGGCCAUGUGUGCGCCCAGUGACAAAUUUCUAAGCAUGGGCGGCCCGCUCGCUGUGGGAUUUGGAGUGGUCUUUGCCUCUUCUCUGGGUUCCAUGUUUCUGCCGCCCACUUCAGCGUUCGGGGCCGGUCUGUACUCUGUGGCUGUUUAUGGAGGUCUGGUGCUCUUCAGCAUGUUCCUGCUGUAUGACACGCAGAAGGUUAUUAAGCGAGCAGAGACGCACCCCCUUUAUGGUGUUCAGAAGUAUGACCCUAUCAACGCGUGUAUGGGCAUUUACAUGGACACACUCAAUAUCUUCAUGCGGCUGGUGAUGAUUCUUGCCAAUGGUGGAGGAAACAGGAGAAAGUAGCCAUCAUGAGACGAGAGGCCGAGUGAAUCAGUUGAUUUUAUUUAAACACAGAAGAAACGUCUGAUUAAUCCCUUUAGCUAAAAUGCAUCUGAAGCACAUCAGACAGUCAAAGUUUAAGGACAAUGAGUUCAUUUGUGACAUGUAUCCAGAGCAAAUGCAGAUCAUCCUAAUUAUAUUUUCUAAAGUAUAGUUGUUAUUUAUUUAUUCCACAGUUUCAUAAGCGUGGAGCCACUUAAAUCUGUCUAGAGGAUCUGUGUGUUAUAUGCGUGUAAUUUUUCUGUUUAAAGCUUCAAUAAACUUUUACCCAUCUAAUUAAAA